AUGCAUUGGGUAUGGACCGGAUGCCCUACCUAUUGGGUCGGUCAGUAUAAGGGUCAUUACGCAAAACCAACGAUUAUCCUUGAGGAUGCUGCUUCUUAUGAUUGUUGGAUAUGGCACGCUUUUUUUGGUCUCCCGGUAUCUCAAAACGAUAUAAAUAUUUUACACAAAUCGCCUUUGUUUGAAGAUUUAAAGUAUGGAAUUUCUCCUCUGGUAAAUUUUAGUAUCAACGGGAAUCAGUACACUCAUGGCUAUUAUCUUUCAGAUGGAAUUUAUCCAAAAUGGUCAACUUUAGUUCAAUGUUACCGUCAGCCACCUGCCGGUGAAAUGGGUCGUUCAUACUCAUAUUUCAAUGGUAAACAAAUGAAUCUGAGAAAGGAUGUAGAACGGGCUUUUGGAAUUCAGAAGCGGAAGUUCGAAAUAAUUUGUGGGCCUUAUCAUGGUCUUAGUGCUCGUGAAAUGUAUAAGACUAUGCUGACUUGCAUCAUUAUGCAUAACAUGGUUAUCCAGGAGACUCGUCGUAAUAAGAAUUGGACUAACCAUCAAGAUGAAGACUUAAGGUCUGAGAUUAUACCAGCAAGAGGAUUACCUGCAAGGAACUAUGCGCAAAUGACCAGUCAUAUUGAGAACAAAACUCUGUAUAACAGGUUAAAGGAAGAUUUCAGAGCGAAUCUGUGGGCUGAGUUUGGAAGAGAUGGAGGACGAAUUGAGUAG